CCAACAUGACACAGAGGGGGCGCUGUGGUCGGACAACGUCACGGAGAAGAAGAGGGGCGAAAAGUCAUGGCGGCUGAUACCUUGUAGUGAGCCAACAGAAACAGAAAACAAUCUUCCAAGUUGCAUAUACGACAUUAAAGCCGGGAUUGGGAAGGAAAACUCUGCCGACAAAAUGCAGAUAACCUUGAAGACUUUACAACAACAGACUUUUAAAGUCGACAUCGACGAAGAGGAGACGGUGAAGACUUUAAAAGAGAAGAUUGAACAGGAGAAAGGGAAGGACAAUUUUCCCCUUGCCGGACAGAAACUGAUAUACGCUGGAAAAAUUCUCAGUGAUGAAACACCCCUCAAAGAAUAUAAAAUUGAUGAGAAGAACUUUGUGGUCGUCAUGGUGACUAAGCCUAAAGUAGCUCCACAACCUCCUCCUGCUGCAUCUGCUCCCAGCACGACAGUUCCUGCUCUGAGUCCUACAGCUCCCACUCUGAGUACCACAGCUCCUGAAGCACCACCUGCCUCGGUGUCCACCUCAGAAAACCAAACAGUUCCUGUCUCCACUGAUGACAAACCAGAGGAGAAACCUUCAGUGACUGCUGAACCAGCUUCCACUCCAGUCAGUAGCUCUGAGACUUCAAUGAGCACAAACUUAAUUGAUGAGGCAGUUUCAACUUUAGUGACGGGCAUAUCAUAUGACGCCAUGGUGACCGAGAUGAUGCUUAUGGGCUACGAGAGAGAGCAGGUAGUAGCUGCUCUCAGAGCGAGCUUCAACAAUCCAGACAGAGCUGUGGAGUACCUGCUGACCGGCAUCCCAGGUAGAGAUCGAGGUCAUUCAACAAGGCGUGAAGAUGCUCCUCCAGCGAGCGGAGUUCCGGCUGUACCCGCAGGAGGUGGUAGUGUCCCCGCCAGCACGACCUCUUCUACAGCAGGAGGGAAUCCUCUGAACUUCUUAAGAAAUCAGCCUCAGUUCCACGUGAUGCGUCAGCUGAUCCAGCAGAAUGCAGCGCUGCUUCCCGCCCUGCUGCAGGAGAUCGGCAGGGAGAAUCCUGAGCUCCUGCAGGAGAUUAGCAACCACCAAGAACAGUUCAUCCAAAUGCUGAACGAACCCAAUCCGGAAACAGCGCCGGCGGUCAGUGGAGGAGGAGCGGGGGGAGUAGUAGAUUUACCAGCUGGCGCACCCAGUGGGGGUCACACGGGCUACAUCCAGGUUACACCGCAGGAGAAGGAGGCCAUUGAGAGGCUAAAGGCCUUAGGAUUUCCAGAGGGACUUGUUAUUCAAGCCUACUUUGCUUGUGAGAAGAAUGAGAACUUGGCUGCAAACUUCCUUUUACAGCAGAAUUUUGAUGAUGAUUAAAAAAAAAGAAAAAAAAGAAGCCAUUUUCACUUCUACUUAAUUUCUGCCUUUCCCCUUUGAUUGCUGAUCAAAUACAGUGUGUGUUCGCCAAGCCUUCCUCACAUUUAUCCCGCAAAAUGAUUCGACUCCCCCUUCACAACACUGGAAAGUUAGGAGCUGACAUUGCAUCAGCGCUCGCCUGUGUGCUGUUGAUUUUGUUUUAUUUAACAAGUCCAGUAUGAUUUUUCUUUUUUCUUUUCAAAUCUUAAGAAAAAUGGAAAUAUGUUGGAUUGGCUGCACGAUUCAAGGUAAUAAGAUUUUUAAAUUGACAUUUAAUACUUUUACAAAGUGUGUUAUAAUGAACAAGCAGUAUGUAUGACACUGGUUUGCUUAUUUGUGUUUGUUGUAAACAAACAGGAUUGUGUGCAGGACGUGUUCAGAGACGAGAUGAAAUCAAACUGGAAUUCACACUAUCUAGGCAUGUUAAAGUAAUGUAACACGUCAUGUAUAUAGUUUAAUUUCCAUGUAGUUUAAUUCAGUUGUGACUGUUUUUACAGAAAAUAAAGUUUUCAAGAUAAAUCA